AGCCAUUAAUCAGCUUGUAAGAUCACAACUAAGACACACACCACAGCGGCAAGAAACACCAGGAGGUAGGACAAUCCGAUCCGGUUAUGGCACCCAGCAGAGAGGCGUGCGCGAUCGCCAUGGCCGUGGCAGCGCCGUUCAUCGCAAUGGCAAGCAACAUCAGCACCGACAACGUGGAGAAGCGGCGCAGGACCUCGUCCGACAUGCUCCAGCGCACCGUCUCCGACGUCUCCUUCCAGCUCCACCACCACGGCCCCGCCAAGGAGGAGGAAGAGGCGGCGGCAGAGGCGGAGAUGAAGCUGCUCCACCCGGUCUCGGAGGUGGAGGACGCCAAGUGCGAGUGCUGCGGCAUGUCGGAGGAGUGCACGCCGGAGUACAUCCGCGGCGUGCGCGGCCGGUUCUCGGGGCGGUGGGUCUGCGGGCUGUGCGCCGAGGCCGUGACGGAGGAGGCCGAGAAGAACGGCGGGUCGCUGGAGGAGGCGCUCCGGACGCACAUGGGCGUGUGCAAGAGGUUCAACGGCUUUGGGAGGACGUACCCGGUGCUGUUCCAGGCGGAGGCCAUGAGGGAGAUCCUCAGGAAGCGGUCCAAGCUCGGGCCGAGGUCCAGGUCCGGCAUCAACCCCCGGGAGGUCAGGGAAACCGCCUCCAAGGCGAAGGCGAAGGCUUCAGCUGGCGCCGGCGGCAUCGCGCGCAGCUCCAGCUGCAUGCCGUUCAUCACCGACGAGUUCAGCGACUAAACAGAGCUGGUUGAUUCGCUGGCUAACUUUGGGCAUGACAAGGUGCUUACCUAGAAAGCUAGAAGGAUAGUUUUAAGCCUUCUUGUUGCAUGUUUUCGCCAUCUUUUUGGGCCAGGGGUGCAUACUUCACACGCCUUUAGGGUGUUUUUUUGGUUGCACCUUUAGCUUAUCUAGAUAGUACCUUGAGCAUCGUUGUGGCAACACCUUAAGUCUUAAGCUUGUAUACUAGUUAGUCAGCAGUCAUGUUUUGUUUUUCCAAGUUCAAGUAUAAAUUGGAUUUGGUGGUUUGACAA